AUGUCGACACUUUUAAGACUAAGGCCUUCUAUCUGCGCCUCAACCCGCCAAGCAAGACUUUAUGCGCUUCAAAAUACGCGUCGAGAUGCAUCGACACAUGCGCUCGUGUUUCUUGAACAUUCAAAUGGCGUGGUAGAACCGGCAUCCUUGUCCGCACUCGCAGCUGCCUCACAACUUGGCUCAAGUGAUGGAAAAAUAACUGGAGUAGUUGUAGGCAAUAAAGAAGAGGUUGAGAAAGUGCUGCCUACAGUCAAGAAGUUACGAGGGAUUAACUCUGUUUUACACUCUUCUUCCAACCUUUAUAGUCCACCACUUCCAGAAACACUCACACCACUUUUCAAAUCGAUCCUUUCCGGGGACACCAAAUACACACACUUCUUUUCUGCCCACUCAUCAGCGGCAAAAUCUGUCUUACCUCGUGUCGCGGCAGUUUUGGAUGUCCCAGCUAUCUCGGACAUCACCUCGCUCAAGCACGAUGACGCAGACGACUCGACAACAUUCACGAGACCCAUCUACGCCGGUAACGCAAUUGCGACCGUAAAAGCUGGGAGUGAUGUACCUGUCAAAGUUGUCACUGUACGCGCUACCUCCUUCUCUCCUCUUACUGGGGAGGCGGAGGGCGACGUUGCUGUCCAAGAGUUCAAGGCCAUUGAGGAAAACGGAGACCUCACCAAGCAUUUGGAAACCUCUGUCUCCACUUCUGAUAGACCCGACUUGGGAGUGGCCAAGAAGGUUGUAUCUGGAGGAAGAGCCUUGAAGAACAAGGAGACAUUCCAAGAGACACUUGAGCCUCUCGCUGAGGUUUUAGGUGCUGCUGUGGGAGCUAGUAGGGCUGCGGUGGAUGCUGGUUAUGCCGACAAUAGCUUGCAGGUUGGACAGACAGGAAAGAUCGUAGCACCAGAGUUGUACAUUGCCGUUGGUAUUAGUGGAGCCAUUCAACAUCUUGCAGGAAUGAAGGACAGCAAGAUGAUCGUCGCGAUCAACAAGGACCCCGACGCACCAAUUUUCCAAGUAGCAGAUGCAGGAUUGGUCGCAGAUCUAUACGAAGCGGUCCCCGAGUUGGUUAAAAAGCUCAACGGACAAACUUCAUUAAAGGCAACGAAUAAAGGUAAAAAGGGGGUGUAUUUGUCCAUAGCUGUCGAGCAACCUAAUGGCAGAUACCCAACAAUUGUACAUGCGCGCAAGCGCCAUGAAACUUCAAACAAGCUACAGAUAGACG